GAGAGAGAGAGAGUUUGUGACAAGAAAAUAUGGUAAAAAUUCCACUUAAAAGUUGCCUCCUUAUUCUGGUAAUUUUUCAAAUUAGUUACAUAAAUACAAGCUACAAUUCACACUCUUCUUUUUUUUAUUUAAAGUGGUUCCUAUUCUCUUUUUCAAUAAGAAUUAAUGUAUGCAGCAGAAGCUUUUAUUCAAGUAGAGUUAAAGGUCUAAAAAUGGAUCUUAUGGACAGAGUGAACAAAUUUAUUGAUUUAUUGGAAAAAGAAAAUCAGAGAAAUAUUACAGAAAAGAGAAUAGAAUGCUCUGGUCAGGUCACUUUAAAUCAAAAAUUCAAUACUAAUAUGGAUUAUUUACUCCAUUCGAAGAAUAAUCCAACAGAUUAUCCGAUUAAUCAUUAUUGUUUAAUAAUCUUGAAUAUUGACGAAACAAUUGGCGGGUUUAUAGAAUUGACAUUUAAAGAAUUCAAUGUUGAAUAUUCAAGAAAUUGCUUUUACGACUAUCUAACAAUAUCCGAUGAUAGCGGAAGAAUAAAUUUCUGUGGGAUAGGCCUAAAUAAAGGAAAUUCUGUGGAUAAUACUGAAUUUUUUAAAAAUAGACUCAAUCAACCGAUAUUAAACAAAAAAUAUAAAAUUAAACCAAAUGGCGCUUUAGUCGUCCAUUUUAAAAGUGGGAAAAAUUCUAUAACUUCCGGUUUUACAUUGAAAUUAAAUUUUCGAAGUGAGAACAACUCUAAUGUUGGUGGAAUACAAAUAACAACUGCAAAUAACAAUAAUGGGGUAGGACUAACUACAAUUAGUAGUAGUACUAGUAAAGAGGAAACGAUAAUUCGUCCCACUAACAAUGGUUUGAGUACUGCCAAGGGCAGUACAUCUGUAAAAAAUGGAAGCAAUGUUACUGAUGCUAAAGAAACAAAUACUCCUACAAUACAUUUGUCAACAAAAUUACCCAAACCUGACAAUGACGUCAUUCUUUGCAGUGGAAAAUCAAAUUCUGAAAUCAAUUUCGAUUGUAAUAGAAAAGAUUACGAUAUCGUAUCGCAAAAUCCAUAUUUACCUUUAACUAAUUGUCGAGUAUACUUGAAACCUCCAAAAGGGAAAAAUGGGGUCAUAUAUUUCAAAUUUAAAUCUAUGCAUCUCGAAUUGAACAGCAUAUGUUUAUACGAUCGAGUAAGAAUCAUAGACGAAUCGAAGCAAAUUUAUAGUUUUUGCGGUGAACAAUUUAUUGGUAAUAGAGGAAACAGUUCUAUAAGAAAUCAUAGAUAUAGAAGUAAAGUAAACUUGAAUUGGACGUAUUUUAUUAAAAGUAAUAAAACUAUCAAAGUAAAUUUGAACACUGAUAAGGAUAGAGAAUAUUCCGGAUUUCGAUUAACGACUUAUUUCGUUUGUGAUAAUUUACAAUAUAAAACAACAGAAAAGACUACAACUGCAAUUCCAACAAUUCCAACAACUUUUCCAGUUGUUAGACAUAUCGAUUGCAACUGGCAAAAAUAG